GUAAAGUGGAAGUAGAAAGCGAAGGUGCUGUACUUCACAAAACAGCAUGAUGCUAUGGACUUAUAUUUAGUGUAGAAGACAUUAACUAUGGAAGAAUGAUGCAUUAGUUUCCGCCAUAUCAUUUCAGCACGGCAUUGAUUGCAUUGGUCGAAUCAUCAGUAAGAGUCCACCAUGUUGCAGCAGAUUCUCCAGACGAUGACGGUCGACCCUGACCUCCUGUCAGAGCUGUCGGAUGAACAGAAGGCCAUACUGUUUGUCAAGAUACGGGAGGAACAAGUCCGGAGGUACAAUGAGUUUGAGAAGAAGAAUCAAGAUGACCGGAUUCCAAGGAAACCCAAGAAAGGGAGAAAGAACGUGGACUUCCUGUUGGGCAAGAACGGCAAGGAGUGGGUCUGGGUGAUGGGUGAACACAAAAAGGACAGGUCUAUAGAGGAGAUGAUCGAGUUAGAGAUCCAGGAGAGUGCACUCAAGGAGGCCGAGUGCGAGAUCGAGGAGAUCAGGUGA